UCAAUGCAGUUCCAUAUACGAAAAUACCCUGACUGUGACUAAACAACCCUAAUCUUCUGUCAAAAUUCCCAAAAAAGUUCUCUACCAUCUCGUCCUCAUCAUCUCAAUAUACUCUGUUUCGAUCUCCUUCUGUUUAUCUGUAGCCGUGAGGCUUUGCUACUGCAACUGUUAAUCUGUAAUCGACUUUUUUGUCGAUGGUGAGUUCCAGAGAGCUCGUGCUGGGAGCUGCCAUUCAAACUUUCGUAUGCAUUGCGACAAUGGAAACUUUGAUAAUCUCUCGACAAGGGGAAGUUUGAGUAGGUUACUUCAUCAAGGAGGUGCACUUCUGAAUUUUGACUGGAAGCCACAUGGAAGAUCACACUUUUGUUGUCGGUCAGGAAUUCCCUGAUGUCAAGUCUUUCCGGAAUGCGAUUAAAGAAGCUGCAAUUGCACAACAUUUUGAGCUUCGUAUUAUCAAGAGUGACCUGAUUCGGUACUUUGCGAAGUGUGCCUCAGAAGGUUGUCCAUGGCGCAUUCGUGCAGUUAAGCUUCCUAAUGCUCCUACCUUUACAAUCAGAAGCCUUGAAGGCGCACAUACUUGUGGCAGAAAUGCACAAAACGGCCAUCACCAGGCUUCUGUUGAUUGGAUUGUGAGCUUUAUAGAGGAACGACUUCGGGACAACAUUAACUACAAACCAAAGGAUAUAUUACAUGACAUCCAUAAGCAAUAUGGAAUUACUAUUCCGUACAAGCAAGCUUGGCGUGCCAAGGAACGUGGGCUGGCUGCAAUAUAUGGCUCUUCGGAAGAGGGAUACUGCCUGCUUCCUCAAUACUGUGAGCAAAUAAAGAGAACUAACCCUGGAAGUCUUGCAGAGGUGUUCACCACUGGUGCUGACAAUCGGUUUCAAAGGGUUUUUGUCUCCUUCUAUGCAUCAAUAUAUGGGUUCCUGAAUGGUUGUUUGCCUAUAAUAGGGCUUGGUGGAAUCCAGCUCAAGAGCAAAUACCUUGGAAACUUACUCUCAGCUGCCACUUUUGAUGCUGAUGGUGGGUUAUUUCCCCUUGCAUUUGGUGUUGUAGAUGUAGAAAAUGAUGAGAGUUGGAUGUGGUUUAUGUCAGAGCUGCAAAAGGCAUUAGAGAUUCACGCUGAUGAUAUACCACAACUCACAUUUUUAUGCGAUGGACAAAAAGGUAUUUUAGAUGCAGUUCGAAGAAAAUUCCCAAAUUCCUUAAAUUCAUUUUGCAUGCGCCACUUGAGUGAAAGCAUUGGCAAAAAAUUUAAGAACUCGAGGCUUGUCCAUCUUCUUUGGAAAGCUGCAUAUUCCACCACUACCAUAGCCUUCAAAGAGAAAAUGGCUGAAAUAGAGGAGGUUUCAUCUGAUGCCGCAAACUGGAUAAGGCAAUUUCCUCCUUCCCACUGGGCCUUGGUAUACUUUGAGGGAACAAGGUAUGGGCACCUCUCUUCAAAUAUUGAUGAAUUCAAUAGAUGGAUUCUUGAAGUCCGCGAGUUACCUGUAAUCCAGAUAAUUGAGCGAAUUCACACCAAACUAAUGAUUGAAUUUGAGGAUCGGCGGAUGAAAAGUAGUUCGUGGUUUUCUGUACUUGCCCCUUCUGCUGAGAAGCGUAUGAGUGAAGCUAUCAGUCAUGCAACCACAUAUCAAGUCCUUCGCUCAGAUGACUUUGAAUUUGAGGUGCUAUCAGCCGAGCGAUCGGACAUCGUGAAUAUUGGGACACAUUGUUGUUCUUGCCGAGACUGGCAACUUAAUGGAAUACCUUGCUCCCAUGCUGUGGCAGCACUCAUCUCAUGUCGAAAAGAUAUGUAUGCCUUUGCAGAGAAGUGUUUUACUGUUGCUAGUUACCGUGAAACAUAUGCACAAGAUAUACACCCGCUUCCUGAAAAAAUUGAAUGCAGAAAGAUAGAGGAGGAUGCUUUUGAUGAUGACGUUCAAGUCGUACGACCACCAAAGUUUCGUAGACCGCCCGGACGCCCUGAAAAGAAGCGGAUCUGUGUGGAGGACCUUAAUCGCGAGAAACACACAGUGCAUUGUAGUAGGUGUAAUGAAACUGGACAUUAUAAGACAACUUGCAAGUCAGAUUGCUUGAAAAGUAUUGAACAGUUUUAGGUAUCUAGUUAUGUACUUCAUCUGUAGAUCACCUAAACGGUUAGGCUUUAUAUUAUCAAGUAAAGUAGUGUUAUGCUUAAACUGUGAUUCCAGUAAUGUAAUAUAGAACCUGCCUGCCCCUUGUAAUGUCAUAUUAAUAUCUAGUUGUGAAUUGGACUUGAGCCUUUGGA